UCGGGCGCUAACUUGCUCAUGCCCUGAACGUGAUUAGUGAUUCGUAACCACCUUCCAUUUACUUUCGGGUGAUCGUGGCACUCAUUCCAUGCAGUAGCGAUUCGUUUAAACUAAAAACACAGACACUCCACUUGGCAAAGGUCGCGACUCUGUUACGCGUCCACUCGGCCGAAUGACAGUUCUCAAAAUCCGCCGUCGGUUUUGGAUUCCGGUUGUUCUCGCAAGUGCAGCGACGACCUGCAACAGAAAUGUCUUUACGAGCUGGAGAAGACUCGAUGCAUUUUGAUAAGUUCAAAAUACUGAGAAGCCUCCUCGGUGCCGAAACAACAGUUUCCCGCGCGAACCAGAAAAAUACAGUUACGAACUAAACGCCCUAUUUUUCAUCCUUGGAAAAUAAAAUAUAAUUGACCUGACGGAAAGGACUCAGAUUAUAAGAAAAUUCUUGACGAAGUAAACAAGGACCAUUUUGAUACAUAGCUCAGAGUUUCUUGUGUACAAAACCACUAAAAAUAAAAUAAAAUAAAAUAAAAUAACAAACUCCUCCUGAAACCCAACUCUGACCUACGAACUGGUCAAUGACUUCGAUCUCAUGAGGAUGGAGCUGAUGUCGAGUGAAGCCCCUCUGAAGAUGCUCUCCUUGUCAUCUUCCGACGGUGCCCUGGGCAAGGACACAAACUCCCUCUUAGAGGACAGGCCGCCCACCACGCCCGAAGGACUCUGGCGGGCGUUCCUUCAAGGGUCUCACCACCAUCAUCAUCACCAUCAUCACCAUCCUUCGGCUACACCAUCUUCUCAUCACAAGAUAGAGAGAUUAGACCUCCCACUUUCUCCAGAAUCUCCCAGACUAAGUGGGGUUAUGGUGACGUCAUCCGACGGAGGCGGUGGAGGGGGCUCGGGUGGUGGCGGUGGAGGAGGGGGAGGGGGAGGGGGAGGCGGCGUUCCACCUCCUCCAAACAGCCCGUCGCCGCCUCCAUUAGUAACCACAGUCUGUCAUCACAGCGAAGACAGUGAUUUACCAACUAAAGGCCAUGGUCCUUCGUCUCCCACUUCUGCGAAUGCAGGUGAACAGCAACAGCCAACACCACAACAAAAUUCCACCCAGUCACCACUGGGGGCUCAGUCAUCAGCAGAGAUUCGGAGGUACCGCACAGCUUUCACCAGGGAACAAAUUGCUCGACUGGAAAAGGAAUUCUACAAAGAAAAUUACGUCAGUCGACCACGACGAUGUGAACUGGCACAAGAACUCAAUCUUCCUGAAUCUACAAUCAAAGUGUGGUUUCAAAACCGUCGAAUGAAGGACAAACGUCAGAGGAUGACAUUAGCAUGGCCCUAUGCUGAUCCAGCUUUAGCUGCUUAUCUUAUACAUGCUGCAGCAGCCACUGGUGCUUAUCCACCAUACUUGCCACCAACAUUCUCUCCAGGGACACCAUGGGCAGCUGCUGCUGCAGCAGCAGCAGCAGCAGCAGGAGUAGGUGCAGCAACCCCGCCCUUAGCAUACACUGCUCCAACUCAGCCACCAUCUUUAGGCCGCUUUGCACCUUACCCUCGACCUCACUCUAGUUUCCUGGCUUCACCUUAUUUCAGGGCAGGAGAGCUUCGACAACACGAAGUGCAUUCAGCAUUAACUUCAACACCUUUAACACCGACACCUAUCUCACCACGGCCCUUGGUAGGUGGACACUUAGCAACAUGUCCACUCAGAGAUUCUCCUAAAGUUGGAGACUCUUGUGUCUGUGGAUUGUUGUACCCAUCACUUCCACUUUCUCAUCCUUUGACUCCAACUCUAGAUUCGCCAUCCCACACCACCUCCUCAAACGGCCCCAGCACACUUCUUCCUAAUAACAGUCCUUCAACAUUAACACCACACAGUGGAACUGCUGGAGGCCAGGGUAAUGGAAGUGAUAGAUUGAGUCCACAAAAGACAAGUGCAGUUCCUUCACUCUUUCAGCCUUACCGUGAUGACUCAUAAAAAUGUUAUGGUAAAUUUCUCUCAAAAGGUGGGCUCUUAAUUCUCCUGUAUUUAAUGUAAACUUACUAGCUGUACUUAAGAAGGCUUUGGAAGCCUUCCCAUGUUUCAAAGAAUCCCUACAAUAACUUAACACAGCAGUCUAACAAAAUGACAAUGCCAAGGUUAAUAAUGGCUGCUAAUAAUAAACCACUAAAAAAUUAAAAUUCUUUUGUUCAAAUGACUGCAAAAGUUAAGCGAGACAUUAAAUACUACUUUUUAUAUUCCUAGUAAAGGUACAAAUAGUUGUUUUAGAUAUAAUUAGAGUAUGGUUAAUGAAUGUAAAAUAGUAUCUAAAAGAUAUCCUUAAUCAGUUUAUUUAUCUGCAAGUCCUUUAUUUGAUGGAAAAUGUGAGAUGAAGGAAAAAACUCCCUAUGGAAAUAAAGUAACUGAAAAUACCCAUGUAAUCUUGAAAUAAAAAUUUUCACACCCUAUUUGUACAUGCAAUUAAACUUAUACAAUGCAAAAAAUCAUAAGAAAUGCUGUAUAGUCUGUCAUGGACUUAAGACACAAUUUUUGGUACUACUACAGUGUUAAGUCACAUUCCUUCCUUCUGAAAAAAAAAAGGUGCUUUUCAGAUUUCGAUUCUGCUUUAUUUUACCCUGUGA